ACCAGUACCUGUUUUCAAACUAAUUCAUGCACGGGACUGAUUGAAGAACCCUAAAACUGGAGUCUCUCGGUUCUCGUUCUGGCUAUCUCCCCAUUUCGAUUUUCCCGGACCUUUCUCGUGGGUUUUCUUUCCGAGAGAAUCGGCUCGUAUAGCUACUGCGAGGGAUUUGCGAAAACCCUAGAUUUCUUGAGUUUAAGGUUGAGGAAAACCUUAGAAUUUCUUUUUUGUGUGUUUGUUUGGCACCUGCGGUUCAACGAUGAUCUUGGACGAGAGGAAUCACCAGAAUCUCAUAAUCCUUGUCUUCCAGUUUCUUCACGAAGAGGGCUACAAGGAGAGCUUGCACUUACUGGAGCAGGAGUCCAGGAUUUUCUUCAAUUUCCACUACUUUUCUGAAGUUAUCAGCAGUGGAAACUGGGAAGAGGCAGAAAAGUACCUUUCAGCAUUCACUAGUCCAAAUGAAAAUACGCACUCAAGAAAGAUGUUCUACGAGUUGUACAAAUGGAAAUAUUAUGAGGCAUCAGACAGAAGCGAUGGUUCGGAAUCUGUGAACAUUCUCUGGAAGGAUUUGAGAAGAAUUCCUGUUUUCCCUGACGAUGGUUUCGACGAUUUGGUUGAGAUGAUUGCCUUAGAGGACAUAAGAGUGAAAGAGCAACCUUGCUGCAUGGACAAAGCGUCUACUAGAAACAAAUUGUGUGGUGAUAUGAAGAUUUUAGCACACAGCAAUCCUUGUUUACGUAAUAAACUUGUCCUUCCCUACUUAAAUAAAUCUGCACUGCUGUCGCUUAUCUUCCUCCUCUGUCCCAAUCGUAAUGGAGGAAAAAGAAAUCUGAAGGAGGAUCUUAUCUGCUUGAUCCUUCAGUUCCUCUAUGAAGAGAAAUUCAAGAAUGCAUUGCACAAAUUAGAGGAAGAAACUAAAGUCUUCUUCAAUAUGAAUUAUCUUGUGGAGUUAAUGAUUCUCGGUCAACUGGGCAAGGCUGAAGAGUACCUAAUGGCCUUUACAGACCCAGAUCAGAAUAAGCACUCCAAGGCAAUGUUUCUUGAAAUUCAGAAGCUAAAAUACCUAGAAUCCAAAAAAAGGGAGGAUAAUGAACCAUCUGAAUAUCUCGAUACCAUGGUGCUAAGUGCACAACUACGUACCUCUGUUGCCUUGCUUGCGAAGAAAAAUCCAGCAUUAAGAGAUAAACUCAGAUUCCCUAGGAUGGAUAAAUCAAGACUUUUAACUCUGAUGAAGCAGAUUAUGGAUUGGUGGGUUCCCUGUAUCAAAGUGUUCACUCGUGAGUGCAACAACACUAUCUCUCUGGAAAAUGUUCCUGUAGUGUCAUACCUUUGCGAACCACCAUCCCCGGUGAACAACACAUUCAACGAGAUGGGGCCAGGUAACGAGGGUGUUGACCAUGAACUCAAGGAAAUCAAUGAUCCAUCUCAAUGCAAGUCACUGCUUCUCCCUGAUUGUUGCUCUGGAAAAAGGAUUACACGUUUGACCUACUCACCUUCUGGAGAUUAUAUACUGGCUCUGGCAGAAGAUGGCUCCCAUCGACUCUGGACAUGGUGGAGUAGCCAAAGUGAAUCCUGCAAGGCAAAUGGACAUCCAGAGCCAUGUCUAUAUCAACCUCCAGGCAGAAAAACUAUGAAAAACGAGAUACCCACCUCUGUUCAAAACCCCGUUUCUUGUUUUGCCAUCAAGGGUUCAUAUCUUUUCUCUGCUUCGGGAGGAAGAAUUUCAGUCUUUGAUCUAAAGAGUUUUGAGAGGGUAUCUAUUUUCGGGAGCCCUCCACCUGCAGCUACGUAUUUCAUAUUCAUUCCUGAAGAUAUUCUCGCUAUCGGGCUAGAUGAUGGUUCGAUCUUGAUCCAUUGUUUAUCAUCACAAAAGGUGAAAGCCAAGCUUGAAGGCCAUGAACAGAGGAUAACUUGCUUAGCAUUUUCGCUCUGUUUUAAUGUCCUGAUCUCAUCUGGGGCUGAUGGUCAGCUCUGUGUAUGGAGCAGAAAAGAUUGGACAAAGCUAAGAAGUGACUUCUUAAGUGGUCUUUGCAGUCAGCAUCAUCAUCUCCAUGAUUCCGCCAUUGUUAUCCAGUUUGACCCUUAUCAGAUCCACAUCCUUGUUGUGCUCGAGAGGUGGAUCGGUAUAUAUGAAGCUCCAUUUCUUGAUUGCCUUGUUCAGUGGGUGCCGAAAAAAUCUGAUACUCCGAUAUGUACGGCUAUGUAUUCAUCUGAUGGAGACGUCAUCUACGUUGGAUUCAGAAGCGGAUGCAUAAAAGUUGUCGACUCUAAGACCCUGCAGACGAUAACUCGGGUUAACCCUACUGUUUAUUCUCCUCCCAGCAACUCCAGGUUCGAAGUUUACCCCGUGGUUGUGGCCGGCCAUCCGUCAGGACCGAACCAGAUCGCUGUAGGACUUAGCAAUGGCUGCGUCCACGUCAUCGAGCCGGGGCGUUCGAGAGGUGAAAGGUUUGGUGAAAGGUCUCUACCCGAAGACAGCCAAACACUAGGAGGGUGACUUUUUUUUUUGUCUAUAUUUUUGUAUGUAUGAUGCAAAAUAUCAUGACAUAAAUAUUCAUAGAAUAGUACUAAUUUUAAAAUA